GCCCAGCUUGAGCAGAAAAAGCAAAGGUUCGGCGAGUGGCAUGACUCAGCACCACCACGAUCACAUUUUUACAAAGAAACGCCCAGAUUUUGGCAAAAUAUUUUGAAAUUGGUUGACAUUUGUCAGCGACAGGUGUCAGUUCGCCAGCCGAAUCUGGGGAUUUUCGCUCCACGUGUAACCGUUUUGUCGCAAGUGAGGUUAGAAUCCCCAGACAGGUUUUAACAACAUGGAUGUUGUUAAAACAAUUUUGGAAAAAUCGGCCAAAGAGGCCGAGAAAUACAAAUCAGUGGAAGUUAACAAGUUGGUGAGCAUCGAUUUAGGCGCCUUGCUGGCCGAAGACCUGAACCCGCUCGAUCCCGGCGCGUUGAGGAGCUCCACCAACGAUUAUUUACUGAAUUUGACUCGGGAUAACACCCAGUUGCUGUUUAACCAAAUCUGGGAGUUGCCCACGGAGCGGAUAGACGAAGCAAUUGUCGCGAAGUUGCCCAAGCAGAAGUUUUGUUUACCGCGCUUCAAGCCCGUGCCGAGGCCCAGGCCGCUGACCAAGUGGGAGCAGUUCGCCAAAGCCAAGGGCAUAGUCAAGAAAAAGAAGAGUAAGUUGUCUUGGGACGAGCAGCUGCAAAAGUGGAUCCCGCUGUAUGGUUUCAAACGGAGCGCCGCCCUCAAGGAGAAGGACUGGCUGAUUGAAGUGCCACAAAAUGCGGACCCUUUGGAAGACCAGUUCGCCAAGAAAGUCGAGGCUAAGAGCGAAAAAGUCGCCAAGAAUGAACUGCAAAGGCUGCGCAACGUCGCCAAAGCGAAAAAUGUGAAAGUGCCCAGGUUCGGGCUCACCAACCCUGAGGUUUCGUCCGCAAAAGACUUGCAAGCGGCGGUAACAGUGGCUAAAUCGUCAACCGCAAGUCUGGGAAAAUUCCAAGACAAGCUCCCCAAGGAGAAGGAGGCGAGAGGCGUCGCUGCUAUCACUCCCGGAGCGACGAGAAAACGAAAAUUACCUCCAAUUUCGGGUCAAAACGAGAAAAACCAAAACCUAAAUCUCGUAGACGAGGUUUUGAACAAACGACCGAAGAUAAAUAUUGAAAAAGCGGUAGCCCGACAAAUAAACGACGAACAAGCGCAGAGAUCUGAUGAGAAAAACCGAACUGGGCGCAAGAAAGGCCUGCGAAAGUCUGGAGGCGGCAAGAAGCCGAAAAACACGAACCGGCCCCGAAAGGGCAAAGCCGCCGGGGGCCGGAAGCGGCGCUAGUUUUGUUCCAAUUGU